GUCUGUGCGUGUAUCGUUAACUUGUUAACACUGGUUGUCGACAACUCCCUUGGAUCCCACUGUCAGUUGGUGCCGUAUAGCCUUGUAACACUUUUCAUGCAGCAUUUCUCAGAUGCACCCGCAGUUGUCUGAUAAACGAAUAGUCUGCAGGGAAUUCAUCCAGGCACUGGAUGCGUGUCACAUCAAUAGCUGGGCACGACUGACCGGUGGCUGCAAUCAAGAAAAGGAUAGCCUUAACAAGUGCCUUCGCAAAGAACGUGUCGAGCGCUCGACUCGGAACCGCGCCCAGGCCAAAGAGAAACGUUCUAAAACUGAACAGGCUUGGAAGGAACUUCAUCAGGAAUGAUUAAAUUCGAGUGGUCCCUGUCCACCACACCUCUCACGUACACAUGAUAUUUUCUGAUGUCGUCAAAAUCGUCUCACAAGAAGCUUGGCCCGAUUGGUUUAAGUAUCUCCCACCUACAGCGGAAACGGAUGGUUGCAAAUCUCAUAACAUCCUCAUGGUUGAGAAAUCUCAGAUAUAUGAACAUCUUGCAUUUCAACAAAGCUAUCAGAUAUACUUCGUUAGGGCAAGG